AUGAGUCGACCGGCCGAUCGGGCCGCGCCGGCGUUUUAUGAAGAGGCCUAUGCACGCGCAAGCUCGUCGGUCGCGCGGAUUCGCGAUGGACUCCCGUCGUUCCCGAUGCCUGAGCUGCGCGUCCAGCGCGUCGGGCAGCUGGAUGCGAAUCUGCUGGAUCAAGAGCUGGCCGAUUUAUUGGCGCAGCCGGUCACGGCCGCGUUGCGCAGAGCAUCGCCUUCGCUCGAGAGGCGCUAUGCAGCCGAGAUCCGCAUGAUGCUCCGGCUCAUUUUGUACAAGUUCAGUAUCUAUGACCGACGUGCUUCGUAUGGCGCCAUGCUCCAGAACCUCCAGUACCGCAAUGAGUGGGCCGCUCCCACUACGCGAGAUGCGCCGCUGUCGCGCAUGCAACUCGCGCUAUAUCCGCUGUGCUCGAUUAUCGCGCCGUACUCGCUUGCCAAGGCGCAUGCCUACAUGUCCGCGCACCAGUAUGACCAGGCGCCUCGAGAGAGUGCGGCGUUUGUGGCCUAUGCCCUGUGGCGGCACGGGCAGCGGCUCUGGAACUUGGCUUCCUUGGUCAACUUUGGCCUGUUUCUGUGGAAUGGCAAGUACCGCACCAUCACCGACCGCCUCCUCGGUAUGCGGCUUGUGUACGCGAACCGCGCGCUGCACCGCCAUGUGUCGUUCGAGUUUUUGAACCGGCAGCUCGUGUGGAAUGCCCUGACGGAGUUUUUGCUGUUUCUGCUGCCCCUCGUUCGGCCACAGCGUGUCUUGCGGCGCAUCGCGCAGCUGCCGUCGCAUCCCGCGGUGCUGGGCAUCGUGUACGAUGUGCUUCCCCGCAGUGUGUCGCGGCGCAUGGGCUUGCAGGUGGACGAGAGUGACGGCCAAGUCCGUAUGGCGCGUUGGAUCAAGAGCCAGCGGCUCGGGCGGUACUGGUACCUUCCCGAUGAAUGCUGCCCGCUGUGCUUUGAGCGCCUAGAACGAGAGGCCGGCGUGUACACUGACACGCCCCCCUCGCCGCCGCCGCUCCGGCGUGCUGCUAUACCCGAGGACGGUCGUUCGAUGCGACUGCCUAGCGAGACGCAGGACAUGGCCGCGUCUCAGCCUCGUCGGCGCCUUGAUCAUCGUGCCGAGAGUGGCAGUGACGACAAGGCCGCGCAUCGUGCAGAGCGCCUAGCUGCGCGCCGCGCAGCUCGUCAUGGCGUGACAGCUGCGCCCGGUGAAAAGCGUCCCACGCUGCACGACACGUCGCCCAUGGGCAUCAAGUACAUGGAUGCGCUGAUCGUGACGCCGUACCGCACACUGCCCUGCGCCACGCAUGAUCAUGCGUGCCAGUACUGCUACGUGUGUAUUGCCGAGACGCUCCGCGACGACAACGUGCAGCUGGAUCUCCAGCAGCUCGGUGGCUGGCCGUGUCUUCGGUGCGGCGAGUAUGUGUGGGGAGCUGAGCGCGUGCCUGUAUAG